UAUCAGUCUCUCUCCAGUAUCAGUCUCUCUCCAGUCAGUGUAUCUUCAGACUUACCCAGCAUCGUUGUCCGUCCUCUUCAGUACUUUGGAGAUGUGAGUAAGACUGUGUCUGAACUGAGAGAGAAACUAGAAGACUUCCUUCAAGGAGAAUGGACCAAGAUCUCCACUACAGUGAAUAUAGUGGGUGUUGUACUGCCUCCAGAGCCCAAGACCAGAGAACAGUUGUUACAAUAUUCCUGUCAGCUCACACUGGACCCAAACACAGCAGGCACACUCCUCUCUCUGUCUGAAGGGAACAGAAAGGUGACCUACACAGGCCAAGUCCAACCAUAUCCUGACCAUCCAGACAGAUUCACCAACUACUGUCAGGUUCUGUGUAGAGAGGGUCUGUCUGGACGCUGUUACUGGGAGGUGGAGAGGACUGGUGAUGUUUUUACAGCAGUCUCAUAUAAAGACAUCAGCAGAACAGAGACAUUUGGAUUCAAUAACAAGUCCUGGAGUUUACAUUGCUCUAGUGGUGGUUAUUGUUUCAGACACAAUAAUGUUGAGACUAAAGUAUCAGGCCCUCAGUCCUCCAGAGUAGGAGUGUACCUGGAUCACAAGGCAGGUACUCUGUCCUUCUACAGUGUCUCUGACACAAUGACCCUCCUCCACAGAGUCCAGACCACAUUCACUCAGCCCCUCUAUCCUGGGUUUUGGCUCAAUGGUACUGCUGAGCUGGUUAAACUGUAGUAGGGUCCACAUAGAUACUAGUCAUGCUGGUGUAGUCUAUAGCUGAGCUGGUUAAACUGUAGUAGGGUCCACAUAGAUACUAGUCAUGCUGGUGUAGUCUAUAGCUGAGCUGGUUAAACUGUAGUAGGGUCCACAUAGAUACUAGUCAUGCUGGUGUAGUCUAUAGCUGAGCUGGUUAAACUGUAGUAGGGUCCACAUAGAUACUAGUCAUGCUGGUGUAGUCUAUAGCUGAGCUGGUUAAACUGUAGUAGGGUCCACAUAGAUACUAGUCAUGCUGGUGUAGUCUAUAGCUGAGCUGGUUAAACUGUAGUAGGGUCCACAUAGAUACUAGUCAUGCUGGUGUAGUCUAUAGCUGAGCUGGUUAAACUGUAGUAGGGUCCACAUAGACAGUCAUG